AACCCGGUUCACACAAUCACGUCGAUCCUAGAUCGACCCAUUUUCCAGCGCCACAGCUGAAUCAAAAGCAAAGCUCCAACUCUCAGAGACAGAGAGAGAGAAGAGAGAGAAUCCACUCUCCAAAUUGUCAGAUCUCCUCCUUCCAACUGUUUCUCCCAUUCAUUACUCCAACGCAACGAGCUCGAGCUUAAUUUGGCAGCCAUGGAUAAGUCAAGCACUUUGGAAUACAUCAACCAGAUGUUCCCCACAGAGGCGUCUUUAUCUGGUGUGGAGCCGCUAAUGCAAAAGAUACACGGUGAGAUUCGGCGAGUAGAUGCUGGAAUUUUAGCCGCGGUUCGCCAGCAGAGCAAUUCGGGCAUGAAAGCAAAAGAAGAUCUUGCUGCCGCUACACGUGCCGUGGAGGAACUCAUGUAUAAAAUCCGCGAAAUUAAAACGAAAGCUGAGCAAAGCGAGACAAUGGUUCAAGAAAUAUGUAGGGAUAUUAAGAAGUUAGACUCUGCAAAGAAGCAUAUAACAACGACGAUUACUGCUCUUCAUCGCCUAACCAUGCUUGUCUCUGCUGUUGAGCAGCUUCAAGUAAUGGCUUCGAAACGACAAUAUAAAAAGGCAGCCGCACAGUUGGAGGCAGUGAACCAGUUAUGUAGCCAUUUUGAAGCUUAUCAGGACAUUCCGAAGAUCACAGAGCUGAGGGAAAAAUUUAAGAAUAUCAAACAAAUACUAAAGUCGCACGUGUUUUCUGAUUUCUCAAGCUUAGGUACUGGAAAGGAGACGGAGGAAACAAAUUUACUUCAGCAGUUAUCUGAUGCUUGCCUGGUUGUUGAUGCUUUGGAGCCAUCUGUGAGGGAAGAACUAGUAAAUAACUUUUGCAGCAGGGAGCUUACUUCAUAUGAGCAGAUAUUUGAAGGAGCUGAACUAGCUAAGUUGGAUAAAACUGAACGAAGAUAUGCAUGGAUCAAGCGUCGUAUGAGAACAAAUGAAGAAAUUUGGAAAAUCUUUCCUAAUUCAUGGCAUGUUCCUUAUCGGCUCUGUAUUCAGUUCUGUAAAAAAACAAGAAAGCAGCUGGAAGAUAUACAUAAUAAUCAGAAAGAAAAUCCUGAUGUUGGCAUAUUAUUGUUGGCACUACAGCGAACUCUUGAAUUUGAGGAUGAAUUGGCAGAGAAAUUUGGUGGUGGUACUCGAGGCAGGGAGAUCGGAAAUGAGAUUGAAGAAAUUGGUAGAGGGGAAAACUCUAGUCAAAGUGCCUCAGAUAUUAGAAAGAAGUAUGAAAAGAAGCUUGCUGCACAUCAGGAAAGUAGCACAGAGGAAAAGGAUAAAGAGUUAUCAGCUCCUGCAGCUGGGUUCAACUUCCGUGGAAUCAUUUCAUCUUGCUUUGAGCCUCACUUGAAUGUUUACACAGAACUAGAAGAGAAGACACUGAUGGAGAAUUUGGAGAAACUUGUUCAGGAGGAAACAUGGGACAUUGAGGAGGGAAGUCAGAAUAAUGUUUUAUCAAGUAGCAUGCAGUUGUUUCUUAUAAUCAAGAGGAGCUUAAAGAGAUGCAGUGCUUUGACAAAGAACCAGACAUUAUUUAAUUUGUUCAAGGUGUUUCAAAGGAUUCUCAAAGGAUAUGCUACCAAGCUUUUUGCAAGAAUACCUAAAGGUGGUACAGGAAUUGUUGCAGCAGCAACUGGUAUGGAUGGACAGAUAAAGACAUCUGACAGAGAUGAAAAGGUGAUUUGUUACAUUGUCAACUCGGCAGAAUACUGCCAUAAGACGUCUGGUGAACUGGCUGAAAGUGUAUCCAAAAUAAUUGAUACUCAGUUUGCUGAUGGGGUGGAUAUGUCGGAAGUGCAGGAUGAAUUUUCAGCCGUUAUAACAAAAGCAUUGGUAACCUUGGUGCAUGGCCUAGAAACUAAGUUUGAUGCUGAAAUGGCUGCAAUGACACGAGUUCCAUGGGCUACGCUUGAAAGUGUUGGUGACCAAUCAGAGUAUGUUAAUGGCAUAAAUAUGAUCCUUGCUAGUAGUAUUCCUAUACUUGGAACACUUCUCUCACCAAUUUACUUCCAAUUUUUCUUGGACAAGCUUGCAUCAUCUCUUGGUCCGCGUUUCUAUACUAACAUUUUCAAAUGCAAGCAAAUAUCAGAAACUGGAGCUCAACAAAUGCUACUGGAUACUCAAGCUGUAAAGACAAUUCUUUUGGAGAUACCAUCCCUUGGUCACCAAACUUCACGUGCUGCUAGCUAUUCGAAAUUUGUAAGCCGGGAGAUGAGCAAAGCUGAAGCACUUCUGAAGGUCAUUCUGUCGCCAAUUGAUUCUGUUGCGGAUACAUAUCGUGCGUUGCUACCAGAGGGAACGCCCAUGGAGUUUCAGAGAAUUUUGGAGCUCAAGGGUCUUAAGAAAGCAGAUCAGCAAAGCAUACUAGAUGACUUUAACAAGCAUGGCCCGGGAAUCACAAAACCUGCUCUCCCACCCCCGGCUGCCCCAACUAUCCCACUCCCAACUGCCCCCGCAGCUGCUCUGAUACCAAAUCCUACUUCAGCCGCCCUUAUUGCAUCCAGAGACGAUGUGCUAACCAGAGCAGCUGCACUCGGGCGAGGUGCAGCCACAACAGGGUUCAAGAGGUUCCUGGCGUUAACCGAAGCUGCAAAAGAUAGAAAAGACGGGCCUUUCAGAAAGCUCUUCAACGCAUGACAACAUUUAUAUCCUAUAGAAAUGUAAAUCAUGUACUGGUUCUUACCUUGUUUCUCUUUUCAUUUUUUGUAUUGCUAAUCUCGUGUCGCUUUCGGAGGGAAUUUUUGUAACACAAAAUAUCGUAUUCAAAAUCUCGCAAUGGUCAAGUAGAAUUAGAUUAGUGCUGUACACUUUUUGCUAUUUUUGGCUUUGGCGUACAGUACGAUACGAAAUUCCAAUCAAUUUGAGAGAAGCGUGUCCAAAAUUUGUAACGUGAAUACAUGGUGUCAUCUUAUUAUUAUAAACCUCAAAUUACUGUCCUUAA